AUGAAUGCGUAUAGCCAUGACCCCAGCCCCCUCGAAAACCAUGCUACAGCUACAGGCUACAAGCUGUCGGCGGUUAGGAAUUUGUUCCUUGAGUUGACGGUUUACGGAGCGCCCGACUGUUACUACGACGUCUCGGGCACCCUUCCUACAGCUCUCAUGCAGGACCAGGCCUCGGGCAGGCAAAAUAUCCCAUCUACUUGCAGAUCCUGGACGCCGUGGCCGCCGCGGGCGUCAGCGUGGACGCCUCGGGCACCGGUGAUCAUCCAAAGGGAGUCGUUUUUACGCGCGCUUCUCGUGCCGAGGACAAACCUUAGAAAGUGGGCCAAGAAGGCCAAAAAGCCCGGAGCGGGGCUGCCGCCAGUAUCUGAGGCCGCCGCGGAAGCAGCCGCAGCACCCGGAGUCGACGACAUUCGGAACAGGGGCCUGAAGGCUUGGCUGCAGACAUACUAUGAGGCCAACCUCCUCAGGGACUCGACGCCGGCCGUCAUCUCCUGGAUAGGGUCGAUCCAGGGGGCCUUGCUGCUGGGCGGCGGCGGCCUGGCCGGCCCGCUCUUCAACGCCGGCUACUUCCGCGCGCUGAUCUCGACAGGGACGCCGGCUGCUGGGCUUCAUCUCGUUGGCGACGUGCUCCGUCGCCGUGGAGGCGAUACGCACGCGGGUCAAGCCGCGGCGGAUGCAGUCGCUCUUCGACCCAAAGCUUCGUUCUCUUCGUGCCGGUCUUCGUACGCGCUGGGCCACGGCAUGGCGCACACGCGUGACCUGGCGCUCAACCUCAUCGCCAUCCUCAACGGCGCGUCGGUGCUGGGCCGGCUCGCGCCGUCGCUGGUGACGCCGCGGAUCGGCCCCCUCAACACCAUGACCGGGGUGGCGGCCAUGGCGGGCGCGGUCGCGUUCGGCCGGACAGGGGUCAAGGGCGUGGCGGGAAACGUCGCGUUUGCGAUCCUGUAUGGCUUUUCGAGCGGCGGUAUCGUGCCGUUGCCGGCCGUGGUGUCGACGCCCAUCACCGAGGACAUGUCCUUUUUCGGGGCCAGGAUGGGCACGUCAUCCCUCUUCAACGCGGCAGGAUCGCUGUGCGGGCCGCCCAUCGCUGGCGCCAUCCUAAGGGCGCAGGACAGCGAGUACCUAGGCCUGCAGCUGUUCGCGGCAGUCGCCAUCAGCAGGACAUUUCUCUGCUUGUGGGGUGUCCGUGUGGCAAGGAUAGGGCCGGGCCUGGUAUUUAAGGUGUAA